UGAUAAAUGUAGUUUUAUGUAUGCGUCAUUGGUGAAUAUUUCUUUUGAGAAAAAAAUGUUUAAAUUAAUUGCUCAUUUUGUUUUAUUAUGAACGAUGUUAAAUUAGUAUAUUUGUGAAGUAAAUCUAAUAGGAAUACACUUUUGAAAAAUGUCAGCCUUUGAUGAUAAUCCGUUCGACAACGAACCGACGGUGGACAAUCCUUUUGCGGACCCAUCUGUUCAACAAAUGACCAAAAAACCUACCAAUAUUCAGCAAGGACUAGACGACUAUAAUCCGUUCGCUGAUCCUACCUCACAACAACGAGCUGGAACUGUACGCGGAGCAGCAAAUCCGCCCCCUCAAUAUGCACCUGGUGCUGGUCCAGCUGUUAUGGCUCCUACAUCUCAGGAUGUCUCAAAUACACUUCCUCCCGCUUAUAAUAAAUCCAGUCAACAAAUUCAAGCACCUACUUUAACCACUUCAGAGUUACAGCGGAGGCAAGAAGAAUUGGAUAGAAAAGCCGCCGAGUUAGAACGAAGAGAACAAGAAUUAAGAAGAAAUGAAGUAAAUGUUCGAAGAAAUAAUUGGCCUCCAUUACCAGACAAUUGCUGUUGGCAGCCGUGUUUCUAUCUCGAUAUAAAUGUAGAAAUACAGCCAGAAUUUCAGAAAAUUGUUACUCAGCUUUAUAAAUUAUGGCAAUUUCACGCCGCGCUACUUCUGGCUAAUGUAUUCGGUACGGUGUGGUUGAACCUCGUUGGUUUAGAUAUAACCGAUUUUUUCUUGUCAAUAGUUUAUAGUGCAGUAUUUAUUCCUUUAUCGUUUUUAUGUUGGUUUCGUCCUGGCUAUAAAGCAUUCAGGGAUGACAGUUCUUUCAAUUUUAUGGUUUUCUUCUUCAUUUUCUUUUUCCAAAUGGUUCUGUCAUUGAUGCAAGGACUUGGCUUUUCCGGCGGUUAUUGUGGUUUAUUGAAAGCUUUUCCGUUACUUGAUGGAGGUACCACGAAAAGGGUCCUUGUUGGUAUAAUCAUUCUGUGCAUUGCUUUGGGAUUUCUGGCAGCCGCUGCAGCCGAUUUAUAUCUAAUUUCAAAGAUUCAUCGCAUCUAUCGAAGCUCGGGAGCAAGCUUCUCAAAAGCUCAAGCCGAAUUCGCCGAAGGAUUUUUCCGCAACGAACACGUCCGCGGGGCAGCAGCUAAUGUAGCCCAAGCAGCUGUACGUCAACAAUUUGCAGCGCAGUCUCAGCAACCGCCAUCUAAUCGUUAUUGAGUCCGUUAUUAAGUUUAAAGCUGGUAAAACGUUUACGAAUUUCAAUGCACUGCAAAUUUAAUAUAAUCGAACUUUUCUGUUUAAUUUUUUUUCUCCAACAAGCUUGUACGUGUGCGUAAUAUUCAUCACGUGAACUGUUCUCGUAGAUGUCAAUUAUUACCGAUCGCUUAUUCGUUAUUAUUCUUCAUCUAAACCGUACAAAUUCUCAAUUUUCAUCAUCUUUUUCCGUUCGUAGCUUAAGUGUUUUAUUUUUUCGUGUUUUACUUCUUUGUACGUUUUGUUUCUUUCAAGCAUUACCUUACGCGGCGCCGAUAGUUGUAGAUUACUUUUUUUUUUUUGUAUAUUUUAAAUAGAUUUAUAAGAAAUAUUAUGGAUUUAUGUUAGCGAAUGUUGUUAUAUCAUUUUUGUCACUUCUAAAAUCAUUCUUUAUCGAAGUGCCACUUUUGAGUUAAAAUGUUAUAAGUACCUACGCAUAAUGGAAUUAAUUAGUUUUCACAUUUUAUUAUUCGUGCUAGUUUGAAUUAGUUAUUUAAGUUAUUAACGUAUUUUUGGCCGUUUUUUUGAUGUGAAUAUUAAUACUGAAUAAAUAUUAAUAAAAAGUGUAACCGAUUUAGUAAUUGGUACUUAUUAUUGUAAUAUGGUAAACGAUCGAUUUCAUUAUUUUAUAAUAAAACGGUGUAAUGAUUUUGUAUCAGACCAAAGAAAGUGUUAUAUUUACAACGAAUAAGUACCAAAAUUCGAAAAACGAAUACCUACCUACAUAUACCUACGCAGUUAAAAUAAAGUAAAAGAAUUACAUAA